GAAAUCAGAGGAUCGUUUUAUUAAAGCACUUUUUGUUUUCGCGAACUCAUCGGGACUUUUACGCAUCCAUCGUUUUAAUGUAGCUGAUAUAUCCAGGACAGCAUCAAAAUCUCUAUCGUGUGGAAUAAAAAAAAUAACUAAAGGCAUUUGAGCCUGAGGAUGGAGGAGCAGAGUCAUCUGAUGCACACCCUGGGCGGCGUGACCCUCACCGGACUCCCGGGGGCUCUACCGGUGCCUCAUGAUGGAGCAGACGCGAGGAGCAAGCAGGACAUCGGAGACAUUCUGCAUCAGAUCAUGACCAUCACCGACCAGAGCCUGGACGAGGCUCAAGCAAAAAAGCAUGGGCUGAACUGUCACAGAAUGAAACCGGCUCUAUUCAGCGUGCUCUGUGAAAUCAAAGAGAAAACAGGUCUCAGUAUCCGUGGCAGUCCCGAUGAAGACCCUCCGGACCCUCAGCUCAUGCGUCUGGAUAACAUGCUCCUAGCAGAGGGCGUGUCUGGGCCAGAGAAAGGGGGCGGGGGAUCAGCGGUUGCUGCGGCAACAGCAGCGGUGGGAGUCGGGGCCGACAACUCCAUCGAGCACUCGGACUACAGAGCAAAACUCACUCAGAUCAGACAGAUCUACCACACCGAGCUGGAGAAAUACGAGCAGGCGUGCAACGAGUUCACUACUCAUGUGAUGAACCUGUUGAGGGAACAGUCUCGCACGCGACCCAUCUCACCCAAAGAGAUCGAGCGCAUGGUGAACAUCAUCCACCGCAAGUUCAGCUCCAUCCAGAUGCAGCUGAAGCAGAGCACCUGUGAGGCCGUGAUGAUCCUCAGGUCACGCUUCCUCGACGCCAGGAGGAAAAGGCGCAACUUUAGCAAGCAGGCGACAGAGAUUUUGAAUGAGUAUUUCUACUCUCACCUCAGUAACCCGUAUCCCAGCGAGGAGGCGAAAGAGGAGCUGGCGAAGAAGUGUGCCAUCACAGUGUCGCAGGGGAAGGGAAGCACCAUCACUGUGUCACAGGUGUCGAACUGGUUCGGUAAUAAACGUAUUCGCUAUAAGAAGAACAUUGGUAAAUUCCAGGAAGAGGCGAAUCUGUACGCAGCGAAGACAGCGGUGACGGCGACUCAGGCCGUAGCGGCCGCUGUACACAACAGCCAGACCAACUCGCCCGCAACGCCCAGCUCUGGUUUUCAGAUGAAAGAUGAAGACUUUCAAUUGGAUGCAACAGAAGAUAAAAACAAUCUGUUAAACAACAUUUUCACUGGGUCUUCGGGUUCGUAUAGUUUGCCAGGUUCAGGAGACAUGUUUAUGAGCAUGUCCAGUCUGAACGGGUCAUACCAGCCGGCCCAGGUCCCCGUCCCAGCACAGACACAGGGAGACUCCAUACGUCACGCCAUCGGUCAGUCGUUGGGUUACAGCGAUGGUCUGCGGGGAAACCCACUUUACAGCCCUCAUGGCUUGAACGGUAACGGUGGCUGGCAUGAUGCGGUCACUCCGUCUUCUGUGACGUCUCCUAUAGAGGGAGCAAACAGCGUUCACUCGGACACCUCUAACUGACCCGUCUGAG